AUGGGCCAAACAUCUCGCUGUGCCGUCUUCUGUACUGCAGACAUCCCAGCCUCAGAGCUAGACACGCUUCUGAUGAUUACUGAGGAACACAAACUGGGUAACCGGGAAUCUUUUCAAAGCUCUGACUUCAUCAUCUCCGAUUGGAUGGUGAUAAUGACCUCAGAAGACGUAUCUGAAAUACCUCACUUGUUGACCCAACCAGUCCAGCCUUUCCGAUCGCCUUUAAUUGGGAAAAGUAUUGAGGAGGUCGCUGCGUGGUACGACACCAACAUUAUCCAACCAAACGUUCCAGGGUUCUAUUUUGGAGCGUUUGUCGUGAUGGAUGAAGAAGCGCUCCAGGAGCAACUAUGCACUGUCGUCCAUAUGAAGAAAGGCCUGGAGAAUAUCGAGCUUUUGGGUUGUGAAUGGAUUCUUGCACUGCAGAUGGCCAGCAUUCUCGAUUUAGACCAUGCGUUUGAGGAGACAAUCCAAAGGUACAUCAGGAAGGGGGUCAUCAUGACUCUAGAGAAUUUGAAGCUAGCUAUGAGUGCAGGACGAUAUCUGGAAGGAAUGGAAGUCAAAAUAGAUGAAGUGUGGAAGGACUUUGGGAGCUGGUGA